AUGUCAUAUCCGAAUCCGAUGAACGAUUCACCGUACGGGUAUGGCACGAACAGUGGCAUGCAGCCGAACAUGACUGGUCAUACCAUGCCAAUGACCCAAAAUAAUAUGGGAUUUCAGCAAAGUAGUUAUCCUUACCAACAGGGUUAUCCAGCUGGCGGCCUUCCUGGAACCAAUCCAACGAUGCCCUUUCAGCAAAAUGCCAUGAACACCGGUUAUGGAUAUCCAUCGCAGCCUAUGACUUAUGCAAACGCACCUGCAUCAUCUACUUUUCCAUCUCAAAUGACUGGUUAUAAUGGAAUGAUGGGUGCAGGAAUGCCGCCUAUGGGUUACGUGCAACCUCAAAGAACCGGUACUGCUUCAGUACCACCAAUGGGUGGUUUCAUGCAACCUCAGAGAACUGGCAGUCAACCUUUUUAUCAAAUGAAUAGCUUUAUUCAACCUCAGCAAACUGGAAGUGCUUUGCCUCAAGCAACCGGUUUUGUGCAGCCUCAAAGAACUGGAAGUGCCCCUCAAGGUUUCUUUCCUCAGCAAACAAGUGGGUUUAUGCAAUAUCCUGGAAAUGGCGGUCAGCUUUAUAAUAAUCCAAUGAAUGGCUAUAUGCAGCCUCAAAAAACUGGUGGUUUCGGCUCUUUUAUACAACCACAAAAAACUGGUACGAUGCUCUCCCAACCUACCUUACAACCUCAACAGACUGGUUCUUUUGUGAGCCAACCCGGUUUCACACAACCUCAGACUAUGGGUGUAGCACCUCAAAUGACUGGACUUAUUCAGCCUCAAAGAACCGGUACUGGUUUCAUUCCUCAAACAACGGGUUAUCUUCAAUCACAACCGACAGGCCCUUUUGCUGCCUUUGUGCAGCCUCAGCCUACUUCGAUGCCAACAUCAGCCGCACCUUUGAAACCUCAAAAAACUGGUCAAAUUCACAUUAGUCAUGCUAUGGAUACUAGACUUUCAUUUAUUACAGCUUCGGACCAAGAGAAAUUUGAGAAAUUGUUCCGCUCUGCCGUUGGUAACGAAGAAGCUAUGUCUGCUGACAUCGCUAAAGCUAUCCUCGUUCGUUCAAAGCUCCCUACACCCAUCCUUUCUAAGAUUUGGUCUUUAUCCGACACUACUCGAUCGGGUCAUUUAAUGUUUCCUCAAUUCGUUUUGGCUAUGUAUUUGUGUAACCUGGGUCUUACUGGAAAACCUAUUCCAGAUAAGGUGCCAGAUAAUAUUCUUGGUGAGGUCAAUUCAAUGGUUGAUGCAAUAUCUUUCUCUUUGCAUGAUAGCUCUAGUCAGUAUGCUCAUCCAGUUUCUCAGAAUAAUGCUCAACAAAUGGCUGCUCAAAUGUUCAAUGGUGUUCAGCAAGCCGCUGGUAUUCCGUCCCAGAUUACGGGGAUGUUUCCUCAGCAAACCGGAAUGCAACCUCAAAUGACUGGCUUCCAACAACCGAUGAUGCCCCAAAGGACAGGUGGCAUGCCAACACAAAUGACCGGAAUGCCUAUGCCUCCUAUGAUGCCUCAAAGAACCGGCGGUAUGCCUUCACAGAUGACUGGUGGUAUGCCCCCGAUGAUGCCUCAAAGAACCGGCGGUAUGCCUUCACAGAUGACUGGCGGUAUGCCACCGAUGAUGCCUCAAAGAACUGGA